GUCAUUUGAAACAUUGUCCCUGAUAGUUUUCUAAGUUUAUUGCAAUCCCUGCUCGGGGGGUACAGCGGGAGAGAGAGACAGAUAUGACAAACAUGAGAGCAGGUAGUGUUUAGGGCAAGACUCCUUCCAGCUUCAACAACUGUGCUGAGAAAGAAAACCCCACAUCUGUUGAUGGAAAGAAGAAGUUUUAUCCUGAAGCCUACUACCAGCAGAUGAAGGAUUGGUCCUGUGAUGCCUGUAGCUGUGACCAGUGGAAUAAGUCCAUAUGCUCAGUGAAAGCAAUAAAGGUAACAAGUGACAGGACAAGAGGAAAUGGCCUCAAGUUGUUCCAGGGAAAAGACCUAUUCACAGAAAAGGUGGUCAAGAACUGAACGAGGCUGCCUACAGAAGUGAUUGGGCCUCCAUCCUUGGAGGUAUUUAAAAGGGAUUUUGGCCACAGAGAAGAAAACUGAAUAUGAUGAAGAACGAAGAAACGAGUUUUAAUGUGGACAAUACCCGAGCCUCUCCCUUCUCUCGCUGCCUGCAGCCACUCAGCCCCGUUACAAAGCCACACAAAACAACUCAAUUUGAUGAAGAAUUCAGGGCACACCUCUCUCAUUUCCGCUAUGGUCCUCCUCCUCUUGAAAACAUGGAAACGUUCCCGGGGUCCUUGGAAGGAGGGUCUCGUAAACGCAAGAGCAUGCCAACAAAAAUGCCUCCUCCCAUCACCCUUGAGGAUUCCUCAUCAUCACCAGACGGACCUGAAGACCACAAUGAUGUAGGCUCUUCCACUCUCCCCUUGGUGUUCCAACAGCCAGCUCAGCCCAAGUACAGCUCCCAGAUGAUUGACCUCUGCAACUUUGGUUUUCAGUUCUACAGAACUCUGGAGCACUUUGGAGCCAAGCCCAUUAAGCAAGAACCAGUGAAGCCUAACAUGGCAUGGCCCAGUGGCCCAGCAUUCAUGCAAGCUCCUUACCCUUAUUAUCCUAAAGUCCACCCUGGCUUAAUGUUUCCUUUUAUUGUACCACCAAACUUUCAUUUCAGGAACCCUUUUCAAAUGAAAAGACCUCCAGAACCACCCUUUAGGAGGGCUGAAGUAAGAGAAAGUGGUGAAAGCAAACAGAAAGUGGAAAGAGUAGAUGUCAACCUUCAGAUAGAUGACAGCUACUAUGUUGAUGUGGGGGGUGAACAGAAACGCUGGCAAUGUCCCAUGUGUGAGAAGUCCUAUACAUCCAAGUACAAUUUGGUCACCCACAUCUUGGGUCACAGUGGCAUUAAGCCACAUGCUUGUACCCGGUGUGGCAAGCUUUUCAAGCAGCUGAGCCACUUGCACACGCAUAUGUUGACACACCAGGGCACUCGGCCACAUAAGUGCCAGGUGUGCCACAAGGCUUUCACUCAAACCAGUCACCUUAAGAGACACAUGAUGCAACACAGUGACAUCAAACCUUACAACUGCAGGAUCUGUGGCAGGGGUUUUGCCUACCCCAGUGAGCUGAAAGCACAUGAGUCUAAGCACGAGAGUGGACGAGAGAACAUCUGUGUGGAGUGUGGUCUGGACUUUCCAACUCUGGCGCAGCUGAAGAGACACCUAACCACCCACCGUGGGCCUAUACAGUACAACUGCACAGAAUGUGACAAGACCUUCCAGUACCCAAGCCAGCUGCAAAACCACAUGAUGAAGCACAAAGACAUCCGCCCGUACAUCUGCACUGAGUGCGGCAUGGAGUUUGUGCAGCCCCACCACCUGAAGCAGCACUCCCUGACGCACAAGGGUGUGAAAGAGCACAAAUGUGGAAUUUGUGGCCGGGAAUUUACCCUGCUGGCCAAUAUGAAGCGACAUGUCCUGAUCCACACCAAUAUCAGAGCCUAUCAAUGCCAUUUGUGCUUCAAGAGCUUUGUGCAAAAGCAGACUCUCAAGGCCCACAUGAUUGUUCACUCUGAUGUUAAACCCUUUAAAUGCAAGCUGUGUGGAAAGGAGUUUAACAGAAUGCACAAUUUAAUGGGACACAUGCACUUGCACUCAGAUAGUAAGCCAUUUAAGUGCCUCUACUGUCCCAGCAAAUUCACCUUGAAGGGGAACCUAACCAGGCACAUGAAAGUCAAACAUGGGGUCAUGGAAAGAGGAUUUCACUCUCAAGGUUUUGGAAGAGGAAGGAUUGCUCUGUCCCAGACAAAUGUCUUGAGAAGCUUGGAACAGGAGGAGCCAUUUGAUCUUUCCCAGAAAAGCCAAGGGAAGGGAAUCUCAUUUCAUUCUGAUGGUGAGAGUGCCAAGGGAAGCUCAUGCCAGGAGGAAGAGGAAGACAACUGCUAUGAGGCAGAGCGGUACAGCCCUGCCACGUACCAUCACGAUGACAACAAGCUGUACAUGGCUCAAGAUCUCUCUGGCAAACCUGAGAGCGUGAUGAAGGACUUCAGGGAGUCCUACUGCAAUGAGAAGGAAGAGGUGUUAAGUGAGGGAGGACUGGGGAAGAGAAUAGGAAAUUCAGACAAAGAGGAGAGAUGUGGAGAGGGAGAGCUUGCAAACAACAAAGAACAUCUCAGCUUUAGAUCCUUUGAAAAGGCCAGACUUGGUCACUCUCUCUCUGAUUACUUGUAUUUCAAGCACAGGAACAAGAGUUUGAAAGAAUUGCUGGAAAGAAAAAUGGAAAAACAAGCAAUGAUUAUAGGCAUUUAAAACGAACAUUUUAAAACAGCUGGAAAAUGGUAACCAGAUAGAUUUUAACAUGAAUUGUAAGCUACUAAAGCCUGGAAGUCUGUAAUAGUAUUUAGAAAUAAAUAAGCCAAAUUAUUGAAAAUAAUUUAGGGUAAAACACAUAUAUUACAAGAAUAAAGCAGCUCAAGAUCAUCAAGAAAUGAAAGAGAUAUUGAAAAAUAACACUUUUAUAUUUAUCCAUUCAAUGUAUAACAGACAAUGGGUUGGGUACAGAAGUUUACUUCCUAUUAUAUGGGGAUAGAUACAUGCAAUUUUCUACUUAGCAGAAAGCAACAUACUUUAGCAACUGAUUUAUUAUCUGACUAAAUAUAUAUGAACACUUCUAACCAUAUGCCUCAAAAAUAUCUGAAAACACAAAGUAUUUCACAUUAUAAGCCAGAGUACUAUUAAAAAUGGCGUGCAUGAAAAUGCUGCCAACAUUCAGAAUUAAUACAGUCCAAAUACUUUGAUUUACUGAAGUGACUCUUAGUUCAAUUACCUACAAUGAAAAAUGGGAAACAAAUUAAUAAGAAAUACUAAUGUCUUGCGAGGCAGUAAAUUUGUGUAAGGCUUUGAAAGGACUGGAAUUUAUUACAAAAGCUAGUCCUCUGGCACAAGGAAUGUUUGUGCUUUGCUGUGUUUCAAACAGUAUGGGAGUAUUCAGAAAUUCUUGAAGUGUAGAUUUGUUGACAUUUUGUUCUACUGCCUGCUUAGACCAAUUUACUAGGCAACAUCAGCAUGCAGCAUUCAGAAUCUUGCCAUAGUUACUCAUAACACAGUAUGAGUCAUUUAAUUGAAAAAAUUAUGCAGCUUUCCCAUUCUUCUCUUCAAUUUAUCAUGACUAGUAAGGAUAAUUUUGAGAUACAUAGAUCUGAUCAAUUUUUGUUUCAGAAGGUGAAAAUCACCCUUACAGAACUAACAGUACCUCACAGAGGAAAACCUUCCUCUUAUUUGGGACAGAAAUCUUCUCUUAUUAAACAAACACAUCUUGAGCAGUAAGCUGAGGGCCUUUCAGACAAAUUUCACUCAUGCUGUUUUUAUGGAGUCCAACUCAGUUUUUCACCCUCUGAUUCCCAUAGAGUUAUAAGUUUAUAACAAACAUGGAAAAAGCAUAUUCCAUUAAACUUUUAUUAAUUUCAUGAAUACUUUGAACAGCAUAUUAAUUCCAUGUUCGAGAAAGACAAAAAGCAGCCCUGCACCAUCCUCUUGCUUACCUGGAAAUAAAAAUUUCAUUAAUCAUAAAAUUUGUCCUCUGUCCUUUGGACAUCCCAGCUCGAAAGGUUAAAAUCCAUGAAUAUGGUACAUCUCUUCCAAAUAUUACUACCUUCUUCACUUACCUGCCAAGUUCUUAAUUUGAAAUGCAUUGCAAUCAUGCUUUGUCUAUUUCAAGUUAUAAUUAAAUAUAUAGUCAUCUACUUAUGGCUUGCUAAGACAAGUCAUGUAGCUGCAGCUCUCUGCCUCUAUAAGAAAACAUACACCUUUCAAAUUUAUGAUCCUCACGCCUACCAGUUAAUCAGCAUUCACAGGGCAAAGUCCUUAUUCCUCAUAUAAAACUAAAUUUGUGCAGUCCAAGGCUGCAGGCAGUGCUUUCCUUUUUCAAGGCUCAAAUGUGGUGUAACACACGUGGAAGCUCAUGCAGAAAAGGUGUUGAUAAAAAAAGAGUAACAUCCAGGUGAUGUGCAUAUCUUUCAAAACAAAAAUGUUAUGCCAAAUUGAACUGGAAGGUGGGUCGCUUUAAAUCUAGAAUUUAAAAAGUUGUUGAAAGUGAAGUGUAUUUUAGAGGUAUAGAGUUAUGUUUCUUCAGGGAUGAAAUGUUCUAUCAAACAUUCCUCUUCCUUGCUUUAGCUGUAGGACAAUGCCCACUGAAGAAAGAAACAUCCAUCUUUCUUUCCAGGAAGACAUUGCAGUCAAGCAAAAAAAGUAGAAAUUUUUCAGAAUAACUAGUGUAACCAUAUUUUCUCUUAGACUACAGGGGUAGGUAGAAAUUCAGCAUGGUCUAGGAGAUGGACUCUGAGAAGGAGCAACUCCUUCGGUUCACUUCUUGGCACUUGCUUGUCUCUGCCAGACAGAAGCUCCCAUUUGAGCAUGUAUACAGCCAAGAGCUGGGAGUCACUAACUCUUAGAAUUCUCCCUCUUGGUGAUGUAGUUUCCAGCUGUGCAUGGUUCAAGAUCGGUCCACUCUGCCUUUCCAGAUGUAUUAAUUCCCAUGAUAAGAAGAACAAGCGAGAAAUCAGGAAUCUUUGCAAUUUCUAGAAAGUUGAUCAUGCAGGUGGCUGGAAUUCAGCAAAGCCUUCAUUCCUGUGUGCGUUAAGCAGGAAAGUACACAGCCUUUCCAUUACAAAGUCAUGUCUAUUGAUUGGAGAGUGUUAUGGGACAGCUAGACAAUCCUUAACAAGAAAGAACCAAGUAUUAUACAUUAAUUGCUGUCCAGAAAAAGGGAGCAGAGGAGACAUUUUCAGGAGAGUUUAGCUCCCAGCCACUAAUAUCAAAGGAUAUAUUCCAUCUGGGCUUCAGCAAAGCCUUUGAUACUAUCUCCUGUGGCAUACUUCUGGAAAAGCUGGCAGCUCAUGGCUUGGGCAGAUGAACCCUUCACAGGUAAAAACCUGUCUGUGCGGCCGGGCCAGGAGCGAGGUGAUUAAUGGAGUUAACUGCAGCUGGCAGGCAAUCACCAGUGGUGCUCCCCAGGGGUCAGUACUGUGCCCAGCCCUGUUUAUUACCUUUAUUUGUCAUCUGGAUGAGGGGAUGGAGAGCCCUUCAGUCACUUUGCAGCUUCUGGGCCCAGGGCCAGUGGUGUGAGGCUCAACAAGGCCAGUGCUGGGUCCUGCCCUUGGGUCACAACAGCCCCAGGCAGUGCCACAGGCUGGGGCAGAGUGGCUGCAAAGCUGCCACAGGAAAAGGAGCUGGGGGUGCUGCUGACAGCAGCUGAACAUGAGCCAGCAGUGCCCAGGUGGCCAAGAAGGCCAAUGGCAUCCUGGCCUGUUCCAGCAAUGGUGUGGCCAGCAGGAGCAGGGCAGGGAUUGUCCCCUUGUACUCAGAAUGGGUGAGACUGCACCUCAAAUCCUGUGUCCAGUUUUGGCCUUUUACUCCAAGAAGGAUAUUGAGGUUCUGGAGCAUGUCCAGAGAAGGGCAGCAACCCAGACAACACCCCUGGAGGUGUUCAAGAAAUGACUGGAUGUGGCACUUAGUCUAGUUAGCCAGGUGGUGAUUGGUCAAAGGUUGGACUUAAUUAUUUUAGAGGUCUUUUCUUACCUAAAUGCUUCUGUGAUUAUGUGAUUCUGCGACUACAAAAAUUAUGUCUACUGGAAGCAUGCAGUCCAGAGUUUCCUUACUGACCUUGUACGAGAAUGUGUCAGAUGUGUCCUUAGGAAAGGAAAUCACUGCAGACAGUUCUGAACUGUCUAAAUGGUUAAUCCAAACUCCUUCAACCACACUGCAGUCAAUUUACCCACUUCUACAGGUGCAGUUCUCAUGGGAGUAGGAGCACCUGACAACCACAUGCAGACAGAUGGAAAAGAGUCCCAGAAUGGCAAUACUGUUUGCAAGCAAUUCAUAAUAUGAACCCCUUUUCAUCACAUUUUUCUAGAAACCAGAAUAUUUCUUUACAAUGAGACUUCGACAUUCUGCCUAGUCACGAAGUCACACUAAGCUAAUUCUCAAACACAUUAAGUCUAAUUCAUGUUGGAACAGUUAAAAACUCAUUUAAAACUGUAAAUUAUCAAUAAGAGAAAUUACAAACAAAAAUAUUACUGAGGUAAAAAGGCAGUGCCAAGUGACUCAAGCAAAGUGGUUAGGAGAUUGACGACAGUCUUCCCUACUCUAGAACAUUAUGCAGAUGGGUCUUGAGACACUUGUUGCAGAGAGGCCUCAAGGGGCAAAUUAAAAAUGAAAUAACAGCCUCCAUUGUGAAGCACCUUGCUUUUCAAACGUAAGUUAUUUUCACACUAUUUACAUUGGCACCGCUUUGGGAACAGACAGUAACAGCCUUUGCUUUUUAAUAGCUUUGAAAAUGCUUUAUAGAAAUUUGCUCUCAUAAUGAAGCUAUUUCCCAUUUGUAAUUUUCAAGGGAUUAGCUUCCUUAUUUUGCCUUGUGUAGAGGCUCAGAAGUCCAACAGGGACAUUGCUUGUGUCCUGGACAUUGGGGGAUAUAUUUUCUUCUUUUUCUCAUUCCUAAUACAGGUUUUUCUAUCGUCUUCUAGCUAUGUUGUGGAAAAAAAGUCUUUAUCUUACUAUUAUUCACUUUUAUUUGGGUUUUCAGUUUAUUGGGACACAUGAAACUAAAACCCAGUCUCCACCACCUCUGUAUAAGAGCACAUUUAUACAAUUUCCCUGCAUUGUUUAUGCAGCCUUGUUUCAUCAUUUUGGAGAGCAUUACAGCAAGUAAGAAUGGCUACAAACUUGCACCUGAGACUCUUCCAGAAGUCAGACUGAGGAAAGAUAAAUUUGCUUUACCAUAAUGAGUCUGGCAAGUGAAAGCAUGUGGUUUGUUAAGUCAGAGGCUUUUCUGAUGUUAAGGGUAGCAGGGAGAGUUCUGCAAGACACUUUGGAGCACAGAAUAGGUGGAGGAAAAGCCAACAUCUGGGCUGGUAAAGUUUAAGGGUUAAGAUAGACAACUUUCUCUUUACAGGGAAAGUGAAGUUGCAAGUGACCUUGGAACAAGGUGUUUUCAGUCUGGCCACAAGGACUCAGCCACCUCCUUGUGAAACUGGGUUUUCCUGGCUGCCAGACUGCCUUCAAUUUGUGACAGCAAAGACAGGUGCUCUGUGUUCAGAAGCUCAAAGGGUAAAAUACUUUAUUAUAAUUUCAUAAUUAAAGUUUAUCCUGUGCUGUUUCCUGUAAAACAAAUUACUGGAAAGACCUAGUAAUGCUACUGCACCCAACUUUUUCCAUCUCUGUGUUUGUCUACUUCCUAUUCUUUGAUUUCUUUCUUCAUAUGGUGCUGCUGGACUCUGCUGUUUUGACUGUACAGUUAAGAAGUAAUAUAAGUACCGUAUUUAUUAUUCCUAGAAGUUUUAAUAAUUAUUAACAGUUUUGAAAACGUCAUGUCUGCUUAGCUGAACAAGAUGUAACAGAGCUAACAUUUUGUACUCCUAACAGAUUUUGCAAAUAAUGUGUGGCAUAUUUAUUUCACUGAGAACAUCGAGUUCCUAUUUAAAGCCACAGCUCAUGAAGUGAACCAACUAUACAUGGAUCUUUAGUUCCUGACUGUCUCAAUACCAAAAGCAUGUAUGAUGUAUUGUAUUAAUUUAAGCAAAUAAAUAUGUACUGGAGAA